GAACACCCCCAAACUGCCCCAAACUCUCCCCAGGGUGCCAGGAGCGGACGGGCAAGGUGGGACCCCGAUCCCGGGAGUGCUGAGCGCCGGUGCAGAGGACGGAGCAAUUGGGCUGGAGAACAAUAGCGGCGCUGGAAAACAAUGGAGCUGCCGCACCUCCCCGCCUAGGGAUGCGGGCCGGACGCGGGGAAGGGAUCCCAGCUCAGGAGUAGCGGCCGGGCCGGAGGCAGCGCCGGCAGCGCGGCUGCUGCAGCGCAGGAUCCGCGGGACGGGCUCGGCUCCCAUGAGCGCGCAGCCCGAGGAUGGAUUUCGGCGGCGGAGGGGACCUGGUGCCCUGCGGGAAGGACAAAUUCAUCCCCAAGAAUGAGCUGCUCCUGCACUUGAAGACCUACAACAUCUACUACGAAGGGCAGAACCUGCAGCUGCGGCACCGGGAGGAGGAAGGGGAGCUCAUCGUGGAGGGGCUGCUGAACAUCUCCUGGGGGCUGCGCCGCCCCAUCCGCCUCCAGAUGCAGGAUGACAACCAACGCAUCCGCCCGCCGCCCUCCUCCUCCUCCUGGCACUCGGGCUGCAACCUGGGCGCCCACGGGUCCGUGCUGAAGCCCAGCACGCUGCCGGACAUCCAGGUGACGGACGCAGAGGCCGCGCCCAGCACGGAGACUCCCGGGAACGGCGCAGCCCCCAGGCCGCCGGAGGAGGCCCCGCAGCUGAUGCGGACCCGCAGCGAUGUCGGCGUCCGGCACCGCGGCAGCGCCCGCACGCCCGGCGAGCAGCGGCGGCUGCGCCGGCACCGCUUCUCCAUCAACGGCCACUUCUACAACCACAAGACCUCGGUGUUCACUCCCGCCUACGGCUCCGUCACCAACGUGCGCAUCAACAGCACCAUGACCACGCCGCAGGUGCUCAAACUGCUGCUCAACAAGUUCAAGAUCGAGAACUCCGCGGAGGAGUUUGCUCUGUACAUGGUGCACACGAGCGGAGAGAAGCAGAAGCUGCGCGGCAGCGACUUCCCCCUGCUCGCCCGCAUCCUGCAGGGCCCCUGCGAGCAGGUGUCCAAGGUGUUCCUCAUGGAGAAGGACCAGGUGGAAGAGGUCACCUACGACGUCGCCCAGUACAUCAAAUUUGAGAUGCCCAUCCUCAGGAGCUUCAUCCAGAAGCUGGAGGAGGAGGAGGACCGGGAAGUGAAGAAGCUGAAGCACAAAUACUCCAUCCUGCGGCUGAUGAUCGAGCAGAGGCUGGAGGAGAUCUCUGAGGGUCCGACGGCGAUGUGAACGUCCGUGGGAUGUGCUGCACCAAAUCCCAACCCCCCGCCGUUCCCAGUGUCCAUCUGGAUCGCUCCAGCUCCGAGCCAACCCCCCUCCCACGCCUUCAUCCGCGCACAAUCCUCGGGGGGCUCUUCCCAGGAAGGCUCUGGCUGGUGGCAGCUUCAGCCAAAACCUCAAAUCCCCUGGAAAACACGGGGGAAAACCAGGAAAAAUUUAAAAAUUAAAAAAAAAAAAAAAAAAAAAAAAAGAGGAAAUCUGUGAGCAGCACAAAGCCGAGGAUGGGGCUGAGCGAGGGCUGCCAGCGCUCCAGAGCUGGAGCUGGAGGCUCGGUUUGGAAGUGCCCAAUGUGGCUCCCGGCUCAGUGGCAAGAGAGCACAAAAAAAUUCCUCUUUUUUUUUUUUUUUUAGAGAAAAGCACAUUCCUAUUGCAAUAAUUCACAGGUGUCGGGAGGAUUUUGUAAAUCCAAAGGGUUGGCUGAGGUUUGGGGGGGUUUAACCCUGACCUGGGGGCUCACGGGUGGAUUUCCAGCACAGGAGAAAAUCCCAUUUUUUCCAGCGCGUUCCCCAAACCUGCAUCUGGCGGCGCAGCCCCCUCCGCCCCCCGCUCUAAUUUGCACUAAUAUUUAGGGAUUUUUAAGGAAACCACGAUGUCAAACCUCUCUGGUAGCUGUAAAUGCCAAAUAGCACUCGCAGGGAUAGCUGAGGGCCUCGAGCGUCUCGAGGGAUGCUGGAUGGAAAGGGGGGGAAGGCAGGAGGAGGUGGGAGGCAGAAAUAAAGAGGAUUUUAUUUUCCAAAUCCCUUUUCCAGCGGUGCCAGCGCAUUAUCCUGGUGAAACCAGGACUGGACUGGCUCCAUUACCACCAUCAGCUGGAAAAACCUCUUUCCUCCCAGGCUAAACCAGCAAUAUCAAUUUUAUACCUCGAUGUGAACUAAACCUCUGACUUUCUCCCUCCCUUUGAGUUUUUGCAAUGCAUCUUUGUAAUUUUUUUUUUUUUUAAUGUUAAUGGUACCUUUUCCACCUUUAACUCAUGUUCGGGAAAGUGUUGUACAGCGAGAGGAGCUUCUGAUGUGUUUGAAGGAUGAUUGUGGCACUGCUGCGUGGAUUAACAAUAAAAUAAAAUAAAAUAAAAUAUGUAGCAACUUAAUGCAGAAUGAA